AUGAAAGUGGAAACCCUGUCUGUCAGCAACUAUUGUUGUUGAGGUGACUGCAGCAGGAGGUCCUCUGGGCAGCUAAUACACACAGAGAAACAACAAGGCUGUUAACACAGGUGUCAUGCAGUGCUAUCUGUGCAAGCUGCGUACCCACCAGUGGUGUUUCCUCCUCUUCAACGUCCUCCUCUUCCAUGCCCUGUUGUUUGGGGCAGACUUUGUCGAAGAGUACCUCCUGCAGCCCACGCCUGGGGUCUACACUGAUGGCAUGGUUGUUGAAGUGAGAGAAAAAGCAAGGAAAUUAGACCUGAGCAACGCCAGGGAGAACGUGUCCCAGGCCUACCCGAUCACUAACCCUGAUGCCUGCAGAAACUCUGACCUCUUCCUCCUCACUAUCGUCUUCAGCUCCACAGCUAAUGUCACCCAAAGAGAUGCAGUCAGGAGGACAUGGGGCAACCAAACACUCACCCAAGGCUUCCCAGUGCGGAUACUGUUUUUCUUGGGAUCAACCGAGACCGCUGAUGCACAAAAGGCCCUCAUGGUGGAGUCUGACCUUCAUGGGGACAUGGUCCAGGGCCAUGCUGUGACUGACUCGUCCCUCCGUGGUCCAACAGAAAGGACAGUGCUGGCACUGCGCUGGGUGAUCGCCUUCUGUCCCUUGGCACGCUUUGUUCUGCUGACCAAGGAUUCUGUGUUUGUCAACCUUCCUGCUCUCGGAGGCUACCUACUCGGGCUGCACAGGCACCCUGAAGACCUUUAUUUAGGUAGGGUGAUCCAGAGAGAGUCCCCUAACAGGGACUCCAACAGUCCUGGCUACCUGCCUCCAGCUCUCUACCCUGACAAGUACCUGCCUGAAUACUGUGACGGGACGGCUUACGUUCUAUCCCAGGAUGUGGUCCGAAAAGUGUAUGUAGCCUCUGCAGCGGUCCGCGCACCUGUGCCAGCUGAUGUUUUUGUGGGCCUUUGUGUUCAGAGGGCUGGUGUGGCACCAACCCACAGUGCCAGGUUCACAGGAGAGAAACAUAUCCGCUACAACGCCUGCUGUUACCGCUACCUGUUCAGCUCAGCAGGAAUGGAAAGCCAUGAACUAGAUACAGUGUGGGGAGACCUGGGACAAAAGGGUGGUGGAUGCACACUGUUACAGACCUACUAUGGCCUGGUGACCUGCAAGGCCCUGACGUACCUGGAUAAACUGUCUUUCUUUAACUCCAAGGGCCAAGCUGAGUCGCACGGUUGA